GAAUAAUGAUAAUAAUGAUCAAGAUGGCUACUACAGAAUCCUCCUUGCGGUAGCUAACCUCCAAUUUCAUGGAAGCGCUCAAAACUGUUAUUUCUCACAGUUUAAGUCCCUCGUAGGUGUCGGGGGCUCUACCGGGGACACUACUGUAUGGAUUAAUACGGGCCGGGAGGAGAUAAAAGUAAUUGUGUUGCCCGCCGCACACAUUCUGAGGAAGCUAGCUAGCAGAGCAACUAGCUAGCUCUAACGUUACUUAUCGACCAUCUCCAGGUUUUAGCUCUCCAGCCAGCGGGCGGCUCGAGAGGAGUGCCGCGUGCCCGGUCGUCGGACCGACAGCGUCAAAUGGCAGAGCCGAGGAAAGUACCGUUCGUCACCAUCUCGUCCUUCAACACCCCAACGCCGACCCCGGAGUCCAGCAAGAAGCGCCGCCGCGAAGACGAGGCCGUCGACAUCACUUUUGUGAAAGAUGGAGAUGGAGGUGGCGGCGGCGCUGCUGCUGCUGCUGCUGCUGCUGCUGCUGCUGCUGCCGCGGCGGCGGUCGGGUCGGGAGGUGGUGGAGGUCCGUUCGGUAACGUGAACGCGAAGGGAUGCGACGCCGAGACCGGGGAGGCGAAACCCACCGUCCGCCUCCACCUCCCGCUGUCCGAGCCAAGUGACCGCGGGUCCUCCGAGUUCAACUACGGCGAGCUGGUCAACACAACUCUUACUCAGGUAAAGCCUCCAGGUUCAACAGUCCCCAAAGGACUCGCUCCUCCCCUAGACCCCAACGACCCGUUUGCCGACGAUGACCGGGAGAGACGGGAGGUCGAAGCGAUGGCCAAGAAGUUUGACAACAAAUAUGGCGGUGUCCCAAAGAAGAAGAAGAAGGACAGGAUGCAGGAUCUCAUUGACAUUGGCUAUGGCUACGACGAGACGGACCCUUUCAUCGACAAUUCAGAGGCUUAUGACGAGCUGGUCCCGGCCUCCCUCACCACGAAGCACGGAGGCUUCUACAUCAACACGGGCACUCUACAGUUCAGAGCGGCGUCCGACUCCGAGGGAGAGAACGCCGGCGCGGACGACAAUCGCUUCAAGAAGACGAAAGAAGGCGAAGAGCGGGUGAUAAAGAAACGUCGGAAAAAGCCAGAUGGUGGAAUUCUGGAGGACAAGAAACCCAGGAAGAACAAAGUACCAAAGUCUGGAGUGUCGGCCCUGAAUGUCCAUCGGCCGGAGAAGAAGAAGAGGAAGAAGCUGAUGAAGGAUUCCAUCCACCUGGCCAACAUGCUGCGUCGCUUCACCCGGGAGAAGGAGGAGUUGCGCAAGAGGACCGUGCCGACUGUCGGUUUGCCGCGUCCCGUAAUUGCCAUCACCGCCAAAGCGCCCAUCGCCACCAAAGCGGCCAUCGCCACCAGCGCACUCCUCAGCGCCCAGCCCAAGGCCGCCGGCGGCACCGAGUGCAACAUUUCCGACCUGACCGCCGACCCCGUCGUGAUGUCGCUGCUGGGCUCGGCCAACAACGACAUCCUGCAGGACAUGAUGGGCGACCUGGACUUCGGGAUGCUGGACUCCCCUCAGCCCUCCAGCCCUCUGCAGGGAGAGAACGGCUCCUUUGGGAUGGGACACAAAGCCGGCGGCAGCAGAGUGUCGCAGGGCACCGUGAUGGCCCCUCCCCCUCUGCCCAGCGGACUCCCGGCGCCGCUCGCCAAGCGCAUUGAAGACCUGAGAUCGGCGUCCCGUCUGUUUGACACGGAGGGCAGGAAGAAAUUCUUCACACUGGACAUGAACAACAUCCUGCUGGACAUCGAGUUGCAGGUUCAGGAGCAGCCGGCGGAGGUGCGCGCGGUCGUCUACUCCCACCUGGAGGCCUUUGUGCCCUGCAAUAAGGAAGCUCUGCUCAAACGCCUUAAGAAGCUCAGCCUCAACAUACAGGACGACCGCCUCCGAACGCCGCUGCUGAAGCUGAAGCUGGCGGUGUGCAGCGUGAUGCCGGAGCAGAUCGCCCGGUACAACAUGGACUGUAUCGCCAAGGUGGCAAAGCAGCAGUCGGGGGAGGGAGAGAAGAACGGGUCAGAGGAUGACGACGAGGAGAAGCCAGGGAAGAGGGUGAUGGGCCCUCGGAAGAAGUUUGUGUGGGACGACAAACUCAGGUUACUGCUGUGCAACCUGGUGCGGGUGAAGCUGGGCUGCUAUGAGCUGGAGGGCAAGAACUCUCUGUCUCUAGAGGACUACCUCAAAGCCUUCAUGGAGACCGAAGUCAAACUUCUCUGGCCCAAAGGCUGGAUGCAGGCCAGGAUGCUGUUCAAAGAGAGCAUCAUGGCUCACGGUCACCUCACAGGCUACACAGCAAAGAAAAGGAUGGUCACUACUCCCAAGGCCAAGCCAAAGGAGGCCGUGUGGGUUCAGCGGUCCACACCCUCAGCGGGCACCACGCCCUCCCCCGUGGCCCAGGUUGCCAAGCGACCGCCUCCGUCCGAGCCCAUAUGUGUGGACUCGCUCGACGAGGAUCUGACGGCCCCCUCCCUGGACUCCAUCUCCCAGGCCCUGGCCAUCCUCGGCAACGCAGCCAAGGGCCUGGCCCACGGGGACAACCCCCCGUCCCCCGACGGACCCAAGGCUGCCGCCAAGCCCUCCUCGCUCCACGUCUCGCCGCUCAUCCAGCAGCAGAAGAAGAACUCCGUUGGCACCCCCAGCUCCAACGCACCUCACUACAUCUCUACCUCUUCGUCCAUCUCCACCCCUCUGUCUCGGCCCCUCUCCGUCACCUCGGCCCCUCUGUCUCGGCCCCUCUCCGUCACCUCGGCCCCGCUGCCCUCGGUGCGGGCGGACGGGAUGGGGCUCGUCAAGGGUGCGGCGCAGGUGCACAGACACUCAGUGUUGAACACUCAGAGGACAUUGGCUGUGGGCAUGGCCAAGGCCAACAUGCCUGGCUCGGCGUCGUCGCCUAAACCGCGCCCGCCGCCCACCGCGUCCCCGCUCGUGGCCCCGAAGGCGGGGGCCCCCACUUCCGGCCUCCUCAAAGGCAGCAAUAAUAAAGGCAACGACGCUCUCAUCAUCGUGUCGCCCCAGCCUCGGUCGCACACCCUCAUAUCCUCCUCACACAUGCUCCCCAAAACCUUCCAGAUGCCUCGCCUGCCCCACACCCCGCUGAGCAAAUCCUCCCCCUCCCUCACUCAGACUCUCUCUGGGGUUCAGGCCCGGCCGCAGUCCAACUUCAUCACCCCCAUGCACGCCACCCUCACCAAGUCGGCCCACAGCAGCAUCCCGCCGAUCGUCAAGCUCACGCCGCGCACCCUCAACCCCACCACUACCACCUCAGCCUCGCCCUCCAUCUCCAUCGGCCCCAGGUCUCAGGCAAACCCCCCGAUACACCAGUACUCUGCCAAAAGCGCAGUCGGGUACCGCCCGGUGUUCUCAGGUGUCCAAGGAGGAGCGAGCAAGCAGGUGCAAGUUAGCUACACUCCUGUUGGCGGCCAGAAGACGCUCAGCAACAACAGCACCACCAACGCCAGCCUUAUUAACACCAUAUCCAUAAGCAAGCUUUCAGGAUCCAGUGCCUCCCCCACAAUAGCCUCUGCCAACCAGGGCCAGCGUCAGAGGCUGGGGGGCGGGACACCUCAGGGGGCCAAGCCGGUCGCGUCUGUCCCAGCGUCAUCCGUCUCUUCUCAGUUGCCCCAGGUUUGCACCGCCAGCAUGUCCAGAUCAAAACCUGUAGUCACCACGGCGGGCAGCGCCAGCAGUCUGCUCGGCUCGGCCUCGCCGCUCCCCCUGGGGUUCGGGAUGCUCGGGGGCCUGGUGCCCGUAUCCCUGCCCUUCCAGUUCCCCCAGCUGCUGAACCUGCCCCCGCUGGGCUCCAGCACGGUGGCCGGCGGCUCGGCGGCCAGUAGCAACGCGUCGUUCUCCACCCUGACCCAGAAUCUGUAUAAGAGUCUCCAGGCAGGGUCUCAGGUUGCUCUGCCUCCUCACUUGCAGCUCGCUUUCUCAGAUAUCAGUCAAAACCAGGGAGGAGACACUAAGAGGAAGACGCUAUGAUACAGCUGGAUUUCAAAGCCCCCAGGAGGGGAGGGCGCUGUCUAAUGAAAUGACCUUGUGACGUGUUGGGACGUGAACGUGACUUUUUGUGACAGAUGGACAGGUCUGAAAUGAGGACUUUGUUACACUUAAAGAUACUUGAUCUGAAAGGAUCGGCUCAACAUUUCACGAACACCGCAGUUUAAAUAUAACUUUUUCAAAAAAACGAUUUGAUAACUUUUAAAUACUAUUCAUAGAAUUGUUCAAUGAAAUGACAAAUACAGGUUGUCAAUGUUUACAACAUAGACCUAUAUCACUGUGGACAGGGAGAAGGAACGAAUGGGAUUUUUAGGUGUGUGUGAGAAUGAGUUUGGUAGGUGGGAUUGAACGUGUGCCUUUUGUAUGUCUCCCUCUCUGAUGCAUGGUCACUGGCUAUUUGGUGCUGUUUUUAUCGGGAUGUAAUUAUCACUGAUACCUGUAAGAAAUGUAAACUGCAAAUAGAAUGAGCUUUGUCUUUUUUCAACGAGAGCUGUACACUUUUUUUCAUUGUACUUGAAUUCUUGAAUGAAUUCUGGUCUGUAUAGAACUCAAACCUACUUUUAAUUAAAAUUCUUUCCCUUCAAAAUGGA